UUUUGGCAGCAGCCCCUCCGGGCAAGGGGAAGCUGAUAUCAUAAUUAUUGGCUCACCCAGCAGCUGCCUCCCCUCACCUGAUGUCAGCACAGACCCAGGACAGCCAGGCUGACGGACUGACAGACGGACAGAGCUCCUGGCCCCCCAGACCUGGGCCCCCACGCUGACCUGCUUCACUGAGCAGGCCAGGACUGGGUGAUGGUGUCGCUACUCCCGCCACAGUCUGACGUCACGUUGCCAGGCCACACCCGACUGGAGGGUGAGCCCCAAGGGGACCUCAUGCAGGCUCCGGGCCUCCCAGGCUCCCCUGCCCCACAGAGUAAGCAUGCCGGCUUCAGCUGCUCAUCAUUUGUACCUGAUGGCCCUCCAGAGAGGGCCCCUUCACUGCCCCCACACAGCCCGAGCAUUGCAUCGCCAGGCCCUGAGCAAGUCCAAGGCCACUGCCCAGCUGGACCCGGCCCAGGCCCCUUCCGGCUCUCACCCUCAGACAAGUAUCCUGGUUUUGGCUUUGAAGAGGGCCCAACAAGCAGCCCUGGGCGCUUCCUCAAAGGCAACCACGUGCCUUUCCACCCAUACAAGCGGCAUUUUCACGAGGACAUCUUCCCUGAUGCCCAGACAGCCCUCGCCCUUGAAGGACACUCCUUUAAGACCCCGGGGGCACCGGAGGCCUUCGAGGAGAUCCCUGUGGAUGUGGGGGAAGCUGAGUCCUUCCUCCCUGGCUUCCCAGCAGAGGCCUGGUGCAAUGGGCUCUCUUACCCCAGCCAGGAGCACAGCCAAGUCCUGGGAGCAGAGGUCAAGGUCAAGCCCCCAGCUCUGGAGAGUCCUGGGAUGUACUGCUACCAGCCUCCCUUGCAGCACAUGUACUGCCCCUCCCAGCCCCCCUUCCACCAGUACUCACCAGGUGGCGGCAGCUACCCUGUACCCUACCUGGGUUCUGCUCACUAUCCAUACCAGAGGAUUGCACCCCAGGCCAGCACUGAUGGGCACCAGCCACUCUUCCCCAAACCUAUCUACUCCUACAGCAUCCUCAUCUUCAUGGCUCUUAAGAACAGUAAAACCGGAAGCCUUCCCGUCAGUGAGAUCUACAAUUUCAUGACCGAGCACUUCCCUUACUUCAAGACAGCACCUGAUGGCUGGAAGAAUUCUGUCCGCCACAACCUAUCCCUCAACAAAUGCUUUGAGAAGGUGGAGAACAAGUCGGGAAGCUCCUCUCGAAAGGGCUGCCUGUGGGCCCUCAAUCCCGCCAAGAUUGACAAGAUGCAGGAAGAGCUGCAGAAAUGGAAGAGGAAGGACCCCAUUGCUGUGCGCAAAAGCAUGGCCAAGCCGGAAGAGCUGGACAGCCUCAUUGGAGACAAGAGAGAGAAGCUGGGCUCCCCGAUGCUGGGCUGUCCACCACCUGGGCUGGCAGGCUCAGGCCCCAUCCGGCCACUGGCUCCCCCAGCUGGGCUGUCCCAGCCGCUGCAUUCAAUCCACCCAGCUCCAGGUCCCAUUCCUGGCAAGAAUCCCCUGCAGGACCUACUGGUAGGGCAUGCACCCUCCUGCUAUGGGCAGACGUACCCACACCUUUCACCUGGCAUGGCCCCUCCUGGACCUCCACAGCCUCUGUUCCCACAGCCAGAUGGGCACCUUGAGCUGCGGGCCCAGCCAGGCACCCCCCAGGACUCGCCUCUGCCUGCUCACACCCCACCCAGCCACAGUGCCAAGCUGCUAGCUGAGCCUUCCCCAGCCAGAACCGUGCAUGACACCCUACUAUCAGACACAGACCUUGGUACUGACCUGGAUGCUAUCAACCCCUCUCUCACCGACUUUGACUUCCAGGGUGAGCUGGGGUUGGGAAAGGGGAGGUGGGAUAGGACUGGAGGG